CGACCGAGAGGUUAUGUCAUGUUUGGUAUUUUCAUUAAAAACGAUUUCUGUGAUUUAUUUAUGUGAUGUCUUGUAUGAUUUCUUGUUUUAUUUUUAAUAAAAUCGGGUUAAGUUGAAUUAUUUUCUAUUUAGUUCUCCAGUACACUUUGUUGAUUGACUGAAGCUACGGUAAUCAGGAUAGGUCAAGUUAUGUGGUGCUAACUCUCCAUGUUGAUCAGAAAUAUACGUUAUGGAUCAAGAAAAUAAGAUUGAAGAAUGUCCUAAUAGCAAUACUUGUGGGAUGUUGCCAGAUAUUGAGAUUCAAAAGAAACCAGAAGGUAGUGAAAAAGAGAUAGAUGAGCAAAAUGAAAAUGUUAAGGAUAAAGAGGAGAAUGCUGACGUAACAACAGGAAUUUCCUUUCCAACUCUUAGUUUUAAUCAACCAAAACUCAUCACAGGGUCUUGGGAUGAAUUUAGGCCAAAGAAUAACCAUAAAGAGAUAUUUCUUAAAGGUUGUAAAUGGUCUCCAGAUGGGACGUGUUUGUUGACUAACAGUGGAGACGCCACCAUGAGACUGUUUGACCUACCUCUAGACCUGUACAACUGCCAGUGUCUGCACAAGACAGACUUCCCAGAGCUACAGUCAGCUGUAGUGUAA